GAAGGAAGGUGAAAGACGAUCUGCUUGCACCUCUUGGAGAGCGCUCAUGAGGGGAGGCGGAAAGCAGGGGGAGGAAAAGGCAGGCUGCGCUGGAGGGUGAACAGCCAGCACGAUCCCCCGCAGCUUGCAGGCAAUGCUCCUCGCUCGCUGCCUGGGUUGUCUCUUUCUCCCGGCUUCGAGCCUUUUGUUUUCUCCAGUUUGGGUCGCAGCGAAGCGUUGCAGCCGCCUCUAUGCCAGCAAAGUUCCAGGAGGAAAUCGGCUCGGGCGUUUUGUUUGCUCGGAGAGCAAAACACUGCCAUGAAAGAUGUGAAGACGUACAUUUCUCCUCACAGAUAUGUAAAUUGAAGUUUGUUCCACAGCCUCGGACUGUGACACUGCCCUUAAAUACUAAAAUGCCUUGAAGUCUAUUUAUCCCUUGGUGUUCAGUCCUGCUGAAACAAUGGUUUUUUCUGCAAUGCUGAGGUCGGCUCAUUCGAGGACGUUAAAUGCGACUUUUAUUGUCUACGAAAAUGCCUACGUAAAUAUCACCACUCCUUUUUUCUUGGUUCGUAGUGGCACAACACAGCCACUGAAAUAUCUUCUGGGUGCCAUGGUUACCACUGAGGCAACUACUUUAACAGUCAAUGGUGCAGUUGCUCCUACUGUACAACAGCCAGACUUCAAGAGCUUGAGCUUGUCUCUUCAGAUCAUUCUCUCUGCCGCCAUGAUAUUUAUACUUUUGCUUUCUUUCCUUGGUAACUUUGUUGUCUGCCUCAUGGUCUAUCAGAAGACUGCAAUGCGAUCUGCUAUUAACAUUCUCCUAGCAAGCUUAGCUUGUGCCGACAUGCUGCUUGCUGUGCUAAACAUGCCUUUUGCUCUGAUAACUAUCAUCACCACUCAAUGGAUUUUUGGGGACAUUUUCUGCAGAGUCUCUGCCAUGUUUUUCUGGCUAUUUGUCAUAGAAGGAGUAGCCAUUCUGCUUAUUAUCAGCAUCGACAGGUUCCUUAUAAUAGUUCAGAGGCAGGAUAAGCUGAAUCCAUACCGUGCAAAGAUCCUCAUUGCCGUCUCAUGGGUUACAGCCUUUGUAGUCGCUUUCCCACUAUCUGUGGGGAAUCCUAGCCUACAGAUACCUUCUAAGGCUCCUCAGUGCGUUUUUGGCUACACCACAAACCCCGGCUAUCGUGCCUAUGUGAUAUUAGUAGUACUGAUUUCUUUUUUCAUUCCAUUCUUGGUUAUGUUGUAUUCUUUUAUGGGCAUCCUCAACACUUUAAGGCACAAUGCAGUUCGUAUUCAUAGCCACCCGGAUAGCAUAUGCCUCAGUCAAGCCAGCAAACUCGGCCUCAUGAGUCUCCAGAGACCCUUUCAGAUGAACGUCGAUAUGAGCUUUAAAACUCGUGCCUUCACAACCAUAUUGAUUUUGUUUGUUGUCUUCAUAAUCUGCUGGGCACCCUUUACCACCUACAGCCUUAUUGCCACAUUCAACGGCCACUUUUAUCACAAGCACAACUUUUUUGAGAUAAGCACUUGGCUCCUUUGGCUCUGCUACCUCAAGUCUGCCCUGAAUCCACUGAUUUACUACUGGAGGAUUAAAAAAUUUCAUGAUGCAUGCAUGGAUUUGAUGCCCAAGUACUUUAAAUAUUUGCCACAACUACCUGGUCACACCAGAAGACGCAUACGGCCAAGUGCUAUCUAUGUGUGCGGGGAGCACCGGUCUGUAGUGUAGAACUUUCAACAAUUGGACAUUAUUGUUUUAUGAUGUAUGCUUAUUUUGUUUCAUUUUUUCCCCUUACAUAUAAGGCAUCUUCAGCUGCCAUAUUUAUAACCUUAGUAUGUGUUCCAGUUUCAUGCAAUUUCAAGAAGGUGAUCACAGUUGCUACCGGAGUAUGACUAAACAAAGUUUUGGCCACAAGCCAAAGAAACUACAUGUGCCUGGGGAAGAAUCCUGUGUGCAGCCAGAGUGUUCUUUCUUUUGAAAAGUUUGUUGUAGCAGUUCUUGCUGCCAAAGAGGCAAGCUACCAUUUAGUAAAAAAAAAAAAAUCAGCUUUCCUCUUCUUCUGUUGCACCUGCUGCAGUGAAAUCCUCAAAUAAACUGCUGAUGUAAGGGAAAUGUCAUUUCUGCCCAUUCCAUCUUACUGAUGCAGACCCCUUCUCCCGGUUUUUCCAUCAUGCCAUUCCUGAGGAUCCCCUGUCUCACUGGAAACGUUUCAGGGGAUAAGCGGGCUGCAGCAGGGGUGGAUGAAGGCAAGGAAGUUCGCUGCUAUUCAUGGAUAUGCCCUCCAUUAGCAGAAAAUUUAUUCUGUAUCCAGCCCUAAAUAAUUCUCCCUUGUGUUCACGUGUGAAGCUUUCUGUAGGUUGUGGCCACUACCUCCAGGGUUUUGUGCUGGGGCAGGAAAAACCCAUUUUGAAUAUUUGUCAGGUUUGUGCUAAAGACUGCAGAUUCAUUUCAUAGUAGAAGUUUUUAAUGCUGCUAUUUUACAGUGAAUUUAGCUGAACAUUUUUUUUAUAAAUGUCACUGCUUUAUGCCAACGUAGUAGAGCCAAAAACUAUUUAAUUUUAAUGUCAUUUUCAAAAGUUUUACUCAUAUUAAAAUAGAGUCUGUUAUAUUUGUGCACUUUAAAUUAAAUACUGGGGGAGGGGGAAGGAUUUAGGGAGUGAGUUUAUUUGUUUUGAACUUUUGUAGCGUUUUAAUGUUUAAACUUGAUAACAAAUGUUAUUUUCAGGAAAGCAGAUUUACAAUCUCUGUUGGGGCUAUGGAGUUUACUUGAAUUUCAGGUGUAUCCUGUGUAUGUCUCUAUACAUGAGGGUUUAUAUAUGGAUGUUCUGUGCAGUCCACAGUAUAUUUAGAAUGUGGAGGUCCUAUGGAAAUGGCAACAGAUUAAGCUCAUAGGUAAAUGCUUUGAAUUUCCAUUAGAUUUAAGUGUUUCACAAUUCAGUUUCUGUCUUGUUAUUUUAAAUGGGAUGUAAGCAUGGCUUACAUUUCUGUGAUUGUACCUAUUCUAGGCCAAUGUGAAUUGAUGCUGUAUUUAUUUUUUAAGUUACAAACUAGGAUCCAAAGAUCUAUUUAAGUUAUAACGAAGCUCUGGCCAUACCUAGUGGAAUUUUUUUUUUACUUCCUAGUCCUAAACGCUUUUCCCAGUCUUGAUUUCUUUUUAAAAUAUUCCACAUUCAAGUGAGUAUUUUUGUAUGACAAGGAAAGGACAGUUGUUUUAAGCAGCUUAAAUCUAGGUUGUGAAACUAAUUGUGAUAUUUGGAUCCAAGCUAAAAUACAAAAGAAAUAGAAAAAAAAUAUUAACUUUUACUUACAAAGUGGUCUUGUUCCUACAAAGCAGAAGUAUAAACUUUUUGAAAUUUGUAACAAAUUGAUUAAUGCACAGGUUUCUUCAUUAAGAACUUUUUUUGGAAGAAGGAACUGGGCCGAGGAGUCUGGUAUGGUGAAAGUAAAGAGGAUUUUCUGCUUCUUUUCAUAUUCCCAAGAGAUUAAUAUGGUAUCUCAUUUCUGUCAUGGAUCAGAUUGAGCAGACUUUCACCUUCUUUCUUCAAAGUCAGUUGGGGGAUGGGGAACACAUUAAUCAUCUGCUUUGUUUGGUUUGCCUGGAAAGCUUCUGUUGCUGUUUGAGAGAAUUAAGAAACGUUUUGAUCUGUAUACCUGCAAUCUGAUAAAUGAAGUUUAGCAAUGUGGGGGAAAAAAACAAACCACAUUAAAGUAAGUCUGUUGCAGUUCAUGAUAGGCCUAGAUGACAACUUCCUUUAAAGCAUUGUUUUGAGUUCUGGAAUAGUAGCAUAAUAGACCUGUUUUAUGGGCAGAGGAAAAGCAAGAUAUCUUGUGGUAUUUUGUUUGUUAGUUUUAAAUCAUGAUAAAGUAAAUCCUCAUAGACUUCCACUUAAUUGAGAAAAAGAGUUAUUCAGAGCUGCCUAUGACAGUUAGUUGAAUGCUAUUAAAAUAUACCAGUUUUAAACUGAGCACCCUGCCAUUGCUGUCAGCCACCAAUACCAGUGUUCCAUUUUCCAGAGGAAUGUGGCAUCAAUGCAAUUAGCAACAACAACAACAGAAAACACACAUUCAGAUGCUGUUGGUCCAGGGCUUUGGGCCCAAAAACUGGCCAUUCCCUAGAUUGGGGAAAAAUUCAAAAUCAUUUUGAAAAGGUAUUUGACCAAAUAACAAUUUAAUAUGUCAUAUGCUAUAGAGUUUAAGUAUUGUGACCAAAUUGAGCCCAAGAAACGUGUAGGCAUAGGCCUUGACAUAAUUUCAAGGUAAAUUUCCUGCAUUUAUUCUGAAACAGUUUAUCUCAGGAAGUUUUCUUUGAGCAUGUAGGCUUAGGCAGGGAGGCUGUGUAACCAUAGGUACUCUUAAUAUUCUGGGAGAAAAGCACCUCCUUGCCCAUUGUGGAGGGCAAAGCAGGGCCGUGUUUGUGUGGUGUAAGUAAAAUCUGGUGCAAAAGGUGACAAUCCCAGAGGUGUAGUUGCCCUCCCUCCUUAGUGACCUGGAAGAAUUUAGAGACUGUCUGGUAAAGAAGUGGUUGGGGAAGGGGGUUAUACAGAGCUUCUAGUAGUCAGAUGUUUGAGCCACUGUUCAUAAUUAUUCUCUGGCUUUUAUAGUCCACAUACUGUAGUUUUCCUUCAUUGUGCUGGCUUUGGAAGAGGCAAAUGUAAAGACACCCCCUCAGUGCAGUCCUAAGCAGAGGUACACCUAAGUCCAUAGGCCUAAAACUGUUUAGGAUUGCACUGCUUGUGUCUCAGUAAAGCAAUUUAAUUUGAACCAUGUAAUUCUAGAACAUUGGCUGUGUUGCUUUUUAAUAUACUAUUUUAGUUCAGUGCCUUCUUGUUUCGGGAUGUGCGUCUGUAUGCUGUUAGACUGGGGAAGCUUUUCACUCACUUGUGGCCCACAUCCAGUUUUUCAGGAAUAAAUUGUAUGUUCUUCUGUAAGUAAUAUUGAGAUUUAAAAGUGGAAAUGAAAUCACUUUAUUAAGGCUGGAGAAAGACUAGAAGACUUUGUUUCUUUUUCAUAUAUAUUUUGCUUGAAAUUGUAUGAGGUAUUUCCUCUUUACCA